AUGUCUUGGGCAGAGAAGAAUCAAUCGUCGUCGUCUCCGAUUAUGUCACUUCCAGAGGACAUCAUGGUUGACAUCUUGGCGCGUGUACCGAGACGUGAGUAUCCAAGAGUCUCCCUCGUUUCAAAGCACUUCCGGUCACUCGUUUCGUCGCGUGAGAUAUACGCAAGACGAUCUUCGUUGGGCUGCACUGAACAUUGUCUCUAUGUUGUCCUCUUUGACCUGGACAACAUUGUCGACCGUUUGUAUACCCUCAAAGACAGAGACAAGGGCUUGGUCCUAAUCCCUGGGCUUCCUGAUAUGCCUAGUGAUGGAAGCUUUGUAGCUGUGGGUUCAAGGAUAUAUGUGUUUUGUAAGAUUAACUCUUUCUUCAUCGACUGUACAUCCCACACUGUGCAGCAUCUCCCGAGGAUGCCUGUCCCCAUGUUUAAUACAGCCGCUGACGUCAUCUGCGGGAGAAUCUAUGUAAUUGGGUGUAUCAGUUCAAAGUCAGAGUCAGAGUCAAAGGCGAUGGUGGUGUUCGACACAGAAACACAAACGUGGGUGACAAUGCCAUGGAUGGAGUUGUCUGAUGACUUUUGUACGUAUAUAAGCUUGGUGGUGAUGAGUGGUAAGUUGUACGCGAGGAGUUUUCAGAAUUGCUUUGUUUACGACCCAAAGGAAGGCAAAUGUGAAACGGACGAGGGGCUGCGUUCGAACAACUGGGUUGAGAACGGGUGUGUUGUUGAUGAUGUUUUGUUCUUUUACGAUGAUGAUUUUGGUGGCAACGAAUUGAGAGCGUAUGAUCUAGAGCGCAAGUGCUGGAGAGUGGUGAAAGGUUUGGAUGAUUUGUUGGCUGGGAUGAGACGUGUUAAUAGUUUUUUGGAAGUGACUAUGAGUAAUUACGCUGGCAAACUGGUUUUGUUUUUUCGUAGCCUAGAAAUCAUUGGGGAGAUUUGUUGUAUCGAGAUUUCGCUGGAAAGACGCAAAGGAGGUCAGAUUUGGGGUAGAGUUGAUCAGUCCUGGUGCGAUCAUGCUUUGAUCGGUAGUAAUUUUGUCAUUAUGAAAUCUCUAGAUGUUGUGCUUUGA